AUGCUCACCGAACAAUUUGUUGCUGCAAUUGCAGCGCCCUCGAAACCGAAUACUGGCGUCGCGAGAGAUGUGGGCAUCUUCGUCCACGAGUUCCAGCCGAUGGCCGCUCAGCGCGCAGCUUUCAAGAAGAGCGCCGCCCCGCCAAACUGCAUUGCGGUGAGCGCAACGCAUAUAUUUGCUGCGCAAGCAGACAAGGCGGUGGUACACGUAUACAGCCGCGAGAAGGGGAACCAGGAAUUGUUGGUGCCGUUUCAAGAGCGGAUACACAGUUUGGCGCUCGCAGCGGAAGACAGUGUGCUAUUGCUUGGGACAGAAGGAGGAAGGAUAUUAAUAUGCACCAGUCGACUCGUAUCAACUCCGCCAUCCCAUCUCCAGCGCGUAACAAGCCUCGCUGUCGAUCCAACCUCCAACUUCUUCCUCUCCGGCUCUACCGACUCACAGAUCCACGUCUGGUCGCUCCCAGCCCUCCUCUCCUUCGCCCCAGACACCUCCCGCGCGCCGCUACAUACCCUUUCCACCCACCGCGGCCCCGUCACAGCUCUUACAGUCGGUCACAGCACCAGUUCCGCCAACAUCGCCGUCUCGGCCUCGUCCGACAACUCUGCCAUAGUAUGGAAUUACCAGACAGGAACGCUACUGCGGACCUAUCUGCUAGAGGUCACACCACAAGCCCUCGUUCUCGACCCUGCAGAUCGCGCCGUCCAUGCCGCAUACGCAGACGGUAGCAUCCAGACCAUCGACUUCUUCGCCGGAGAUGCCGUAGCACCUGCAUCUGCAACUAACACUCUUCAUGAUCCCGCGCACGCUCAUCGUCCCUUACAACCUCCUCCACGCACCCGUUUCAACGCCACAAGCCAAAAUCUCGGUCCUGCACUGUCCAUCUCACUGAAUUGGGACGGUACAACUCUCAUCUCCGGCCAUGAGAGCGGGAAGAUUGCAUCCUGGGAUGUUGCAAAGGGCGCAUACUCCUCGACGCUCGGCAAUCUGCCAGGUGCGGUCACUAACCUAAGCUUCUUGGAGCCGACAGGAUGGCCAGAAACAAAAGAAGCCAAAUUUAAGAUCCCAGCGGUGGUGAAACCGAAGCCAGACACUGGAAAUGGAGACAGUAUAAUCGGUAUCGUACCAGCCUUGUAUACAAUGAAUGUGCAGUUGACCGGUCGCCUAAACACGAGUAUAUCCGCCGCAACGGCAGAGAUAGGAGCUCCUCAGUUGAGUCUGUUUGAAGAGGCGCUCACGCAUCCAUCGUUCCCCGACGAGCUACUGGAUGAAGGCUUGGCGGAGUUAGCGGCCUGGGAUGGCGGGUCGCAGAAUACAGCGUCGAAGUCUGUGGACUUCCUGCCGCUUGCGCCGGCCGGCGAAGAGGUCGGGCAAACUGCAAAUGAGCAGCUCGAGGAUUUGAAGGCCAGGUUCAAAAAGCUACAAGAGAUACAGAAGGUUACGUUUGGGCAGAUCACACAACUGAAGCAGGAAAGGAGGACUUGGGUGGAUCUGGAAGCGAAGAGGGAGGCACGAAAAGCAAGGAGAAGAGCAAGAUUGUUCGCAAAGCCCAAAGGCCAUGCAGCGGCAGGAGCAGAUGAUAAUGAUCACGAUGAGGACAGUAGUGACCAUGACGAGGUUAUGGCCGACAGUGAGGAAGAUAGCGGCGAUGAGGAGGUCAAGACCAAGAAAAGGGGGCCCCACGGCAGCAAUGAUGACAUUAUUGGCAAGGGAGAAGAGAGCCAUAGUAGCGAGGAUGAUUUGGGGGAUCUGGAGCGGAGUUCUGCGAGCGAGAAAGAAAGCGACGGUGAUGACGGUUGACCGGGUCGCUGGUCUGUCUUGCGAAGCUCGGAGCAGCGAUGCUUUUGAAUCGAUCUGCUCCAUGGAAGCAACUUGGUGCGGUUGCUAGAGGUCUCAUGGUGGCCUAAAGAAUCGAGGGCUUCCCGAAUUGGCAGCGUCUCCUGAUUCAGAAUCAGCCAGCGGAAGCUCUAGCUGCUAGGAUGGCUAGCACAUCGCAUGUCUUGCAUUCUGCGCAGGCCAAGCCGUAAGACCAACCUGUGAAUCUUGAGUCCACAGAGUAGAAUAUUGCAAACAAGGACAAGUAGGCCACGUUUUACAGUGCCUUGUCAUAGAUAUCCGUACACUCGUUCACCGCAGCGUGAGGAGUCUCAUAGGGGGAGUCUUCAGACAACCUACAACAACUAGUCAAGAAACCAAUGAAUCCAU